UGCUGCCGGGCGGUGGGGGUGGUGGCACUGGAGCGGUUGUGGUGGCGGCUGGAUGAGCUGGAGCAGCGCCUUGGCGGUGGGGUCUGCGAGCCUCAUAAGGUAGCGGGCCCGCUCCCUCCCUGUGCGUCCCCGCAGGUGGCCGACGAGCUGGUGAAGGUGCAGGUGGCGCUGAGCAACAUCGCUGGCAAGAGGGAGAGGAUCAAGAUCCUGUUUAAGAAAAAGGAGCAGGUCAUUCCUUCCCGAACAGCCCUCUUGGAGCGGGUGAAGAAUCUCCAGCCUGUCUUAGACAGUGCCUCUAUCCAAGUAGUUCCUGACCAUGCAGCGAAACUGCAGCGACUCUCCCAAAUCCAGAUGCAGCAGCAGGCUCAGUGUAAGCAGUUUUCUGAUGGUGUCAAGACGUUCCUUGAAGACUACAACAAAACGACCCUGCUUCUGUCCAAGCAGUUCAUCCAGUGGAAUGAAAUACUGAUGCAGCUGGAAGCAGCCAAGGAAGUGAAACCUGUGGCAGAGUGAUGGCAGAGCUGGGAGGAUGGAGAACCACAGCUGGGGCCCUGGGAUUCUGCUGGCCUUGGGUCACUCAGGAGAUGCUGCAGCACAGCCUGCACUCUUGUCUUAGAAUCUUUCCACUGAAUAUGCUGUGAGUGACAUCGCAGGCUCUUGGGGGUACCCUGGCUUUGCGGCUGCACUGCAGUCACCCUGAAUCAAAGCCACACUCCUGGUAUUCUCUUAACAUGCCACUGUUUGUAGAUCGUGCACUUCUAUGUGUCUUAGUUUGUAACAUAUUUAAAAAUCCCUUCCUGCUGCUACUGUGGACCAUAAUAAAGCCCUGAAACACUA